AUGUCCAAUACUCUUCGUCCUUAUCUGACAGCAGUACGGUCCAGUCUGACAGCUGCACUAUGCUUGGAGAACUUUUCGUCGCAGGUGGCCGAAAGACACAAUACACCCGAGGUUGAAUCUGGAAAAUCGAAGGAAGUACUGUUGAACCCUUUGGCUAUCAGUCGUAAUGAAAAUGAAAAGGUUUUGAUUGAGCCAUCUGUGAACUCGGUACGAGUUAGCAUCAAGAUUAAACAGGCUGAUGAUCUGGAGCAUAUCCUGUGUCACAAGUUCUCACGCUUCAUGAUGCUGAGAGCUGAGAGCUUUGUGGUCUUGCGUAGAAAGCCAGUAGAGGGUUAUGAUAUUUCGUUCCUGAUUACCAAUAGCCACACUGAACAAAUGUUGAAACACAAAUUGGUUGAUUUCAUUGUGCAUUUUAUGGAAGAGGUUGACAAGGAAAUUUCAGAGAUGAAAUUGAGCGUCAAUACGCGUGCUCGUAAUGUGGCCGAGAGUUACCUUUCUCAGUUAUUAUUAUUUUUGGAGUGA